AAAGAAGUUAUAAACAUGUUGUGUUUGAUUAUAUCAAUAUUAAUUUAUGGGAGAGCGGCAAGUUCAUUGUCACAGCUGGCCACACCGCGCCGUCACAGGCGGGCGAACAGUGCGCCCGCGUCCUCCGCCAUGGCCGUCCGACGCCUGCGCACCUUUCUCGCGUUAAUCGCGCUUGCGCACACCUCGUGCGCAUUAAUCGACGAAGUCAUAGACGUUCUUAAAAUCGGCAAGGAGGUCGCCGAGGACAUUAUAAAUAGUUGGGACGUGGUCGGCAAGCGAUUCAACGCGACCGAUGGAGUAGACCUGCCUUUCGUUAGGCGAGGGGAGAGGCAAAUCUUGUCGCGUAUCGCCGUCGUGUCGCGGUCGAUCGAAAAGUUGGAAAUGCGUCUGCGAAGGACUAAUGCCGUGUCGAUGCUGUUGACCAAAAAAGCGGGCAACGGUGCGAGGUUAGAGUUGAGGCUGCACGAAAUGACGGACUUGCUGAACAGGGUGGCGGCCGCCAACCGACAGAUGCGGGAAUACGUGAACCUCCAGCGGGAACUAGAGAGGAGCACGCUGGAGAACUUCGCCGAGUGGUGUGUGUCGCACGACCCGGGCGCGUUGCCUGGCCUACUGGAGCGAGUGCACUCACUUGUUGACCCGCCAAACAAACAUUUGCUUGGGAGAAACUUAUUCCGAUUGGUCCUCGAGGACAUUCAGGACCAACAUCCCGACUUGUGCGACUUGCAGCUGUCACCCCACCAGCUUAUUUACGAUAUGUACAAUACCAUAUCGCUGACAGAGAUCAAGGGGUACGCCAUGAUGCAGUUUUCGUGGAUGCUCCUCAGAGUGUACGGAAGAGGAAAUUUCACACAAGAGGCAAGUCUAACGAGACAAAGAUACGGACAAAGGACAAACCAGACCGCAGCAGCAGCGCGAGCGGCCCUGUCUCAGGCCAAACGGGACCUGUACAGAUGCGAUCCACCCCAGCACAUUGAAGGCGAAACCUACGACCAAGUGACCCGUCUACUGCAAGGAUAUAUCGAAAACGAGGUGGACAUGAACGCCGAUGGAACCUGUAGAGAAAAUUGCGCGUUUUACACUUUAGCACAGAACCAUGGUUGCUUCAAAGAUCAAUUUUGUUCGAAGCAACCGGCUUGCAAAGGCAGGAUCAUAGAUUGUCAAUUCGUCGACUCCGAUAUGUGGGUGUGCCCUGCGAGUGCAAAAAGCAACCGCCGGUAUGAGUGGAUCGAGUAUGAAAACGGACGCACACUUGGAAGAGUCGGAAGUUGUAUGCGGGGGACAACAAAGGUGGACUCGUGGUGGCGCUGGUUGUUCUGGCACUGCUCCUAUUGUAUGUGUUUGUGUGACGACGCAGACUUCAGAUCUCACCGGUACUUCAGUCUCCACGAAUGCACUUCCGAUGUUAAAAAUAACAAGGUCAUCACUGGAGUUCGCCUAGUCAAGCAUGGUAAAGUAUUCCAUCUUCAAAUUAGCGAAGGUACUCUAAGUGAGAGAGGAUCUAUUACUCCUGGCACAUGGGUACCGAUUAAAAAAUUUGAUCCAUUUGAAAGUGGAAUAAAAGAAGGCGUUGAUUACCAUACUUUGACGUAUGAACGAAGAGCCAUCGAUUUAGAUGAAUUGGACUCGCCAGCCGGUCAUGUCUUAACUGGAGUGAGAUUUAGCAUGAUUGGAUCCCAUCUACACUUCGAAAUACGGUCGACACCGUUCAACUACGCAACCGGUCGUCUUGCAUAUGACAAGAGCCAAUGGAUCAGCAAUGACAACACCGACGGUACAGAUACACCGAGGUCCCGUUUGGAGCUACAUUACCCUGAUAUACCGAGUCGAAGCCACGUUUCACUACCAGUGGACUCCAAACACGAUCAAUACGUGGAGUUUACCCAUAGCGACUUUGACGCUGACGCCGCGCAGAGCACUGUACCCUUUAUUGACGUUCAACCAGUGCAGACGUUGAAAGGUGGUGCGUUGCUGAGCGGUGCUGGUGUGGUGCAUCGCGGCGCGGACGGUAACGGAGGGUUCAUCGCGCUGAAGGUGUUCACCUAUGACUUCUCGCGGCACAUACAGGCCGAGACGCCCGUCAACGAGUAUUACGACGUUGACACAGAUACCACCGAGCUGAUGCCGCCUCUCAAUUAGUCUUUAGCAUUAUAUAAUCAUUUUUAUAACGUAAUGUAACAUUUUGAUAAAUAAAUAAAAUUAAGACGUA